AUGCAACAGACAACCAUUGUUCAGUCUAUACCUGAUGAAGAUACGAUCUAUCCUUACUUACCAGGUGAAAUAUGUGUCGGUAAAUACCGUUAUUCUGCUUGUUGCAGUCCGUUGGAAUUAAUACUAAUAUUGACAAAUUUACGUGUACUUAUUCGAUGGAAACAACGAAUCUUUUUUUGUUCAUCCCGUUCAACAUAUCAGCAAAUAUUUAUAGAUAAAAUAACAUUGAUGAAUGAAUUUCCACAACGAAACCGUCGGCGAGACAUGAUCUAUUUGAUGUGUUCGAUCAUAUUAGCUACUGCAGGAGUUAUUGUUUCAGCCCUAGCCUUAUCUGAUUAUAAGGCACUACAGGCGAUUAUUAUUACAGUGUCUCUUUUACCAAUAAUCGGUCAAAUCUCACUGCUUGUUAUAUUAUGUUGUUUCAAAGUCAAAUUUGUCCAGUUUACUGGAGAUUUUGGUUCAGUUAAUUUUGUAUUUGAUAAAAACAGCGCUCGAGAAUUAGAGUCGAGAUUACCAGAAUUAAUUUAUCAAGCCAGACAUAAGAGAAUCCAUGCAAACCCUACCAAUAAUGCUUUCAAUGCAACAACAUAUCCAUUUACAGUUUCUCCAGUGUCUCCUCCGGCUUAUCAAACGACGGAUGAAAAGAAAAAUUAUUCUCCCAUGCAAGAGAAAAAACUACCUUAUGACACAGAAGAUAAUAAUCAACAGACUACGACCCAUCGGGAUAGACGAAAAAAAGGUUAUCGUUCAGAUAAUUUUACGAGAAUUGACACUGACGACAAAAGUAAGCGAAAUAUUCCUUCUAAGAAUAGAUAUGACGAUAAAACAACGUCAAGUGACUUCUGA